GCCGAUGUUAUUUGUUGAUAGAAAGCAGCUCUCUGCCCGUGUGGACGAAAAAAUGAAUUAUCCGAAUAAGGCUCCCUUUAACAAUCCCGGAGCACCUAAAGGAGCGAUUUCAGCGUACCAAAAUCAAACGGGGAGAGUAACCCAAGGCUUCAACGAAAGUGCUCCUUCGUUCACACCAAUGAAGGCAAAUACAGAAUCAAGUAAUCAGCCAUCCGUCACUCCGAAUAGACAAUUUACAGCACCAGCAGCCCGACGAACAUCAUCUAUUGCCUUUAAAUGGAAGUCUUCAGUCACAUCAUCUGGAGAUUCUUGUCUUUCUCAGGAUGGUAAUUCUCAGGACAGAAAAUCCAGCUUUACAGAGAAGUUUGAGCUGUAUGACCCUUAUGAUCCGGGAUCAUCAGACUCUGAGUCAGAGAUCCCACAGAGACAAGGGGGCACCCGUUGCAGGUCCAGCGAGAACUACUUUGGACAUAGUGGACGUAAACGUUCCUCCUCUGAUAUAGGUCCUCAAGACAGCCAUCACUGGGAGUCAGCCUACUCUGGGUCAGGGAACAUAUCCCAUGAGGUACCCCAUGAGGGGUGGGAUCUUGGUUGUGACACCAGACACCCCAAGAGGCCAAGUCCAAGGGAUAGACUGGCUGAACGAGAGACCUACAGCACCGACACUAAAUCCUCUGAAACAUCCAGUUAUGGCUUCAUAAGUAGGCCUCCUGAUCAGAAAGGGUUCGAAAGUCAGGCGUUGCCUGAUUCGGUGAUGUCUGUGCUCUUUCCAGCAUCAUCGUACAGAGGACAGCGGACAAAUGUGGAAGAAAGAAUAACAGCACCAGAACCAAGAAGAGAGAUGACUACUACUGCUAAAUUAUCUCCAGGAUUUCAAGUGGGCUACAACUCCCAGUCAGGAUAUAGUGGAACAGGGGUGGACCAAAUCACGCCUUCCUCAGAGGUUUCAAGAACAUGGAACAUAAGUCCAAAAAGCAAAAUGGAAAAAAGCCCCUUCAUCUGUGAACUGUGUGAUGUUGAGCUGGCCAAGAUGAGGGAUCUGGAUGAUCAUCUAGAGAGCAAGAGCCACUGGGAAACUCUGGAGCACAUCCAGCAGCACUAUAAUUACAAUGACUUGACUAUUGCCUUCCUUCAGGAGGUCAUGUACAAGUUCCGGCAAUGCAGUAAAGCCAUGGAAGAAAGCGCAAUUGAAGCAUUGCAAGAGAAAGACUACAUGACAAAGGUGGAAAUGCUCCACUGUGCUGCCUGCAAAGUCCUCGUCUCCACAUCAGUGUCAUCGGUACAGAAUCACCUUAACUCUCAGGAACACCUUCAGAACAAAAAGGAGUAUGGAAUUCAAAAGAGAAGUUUAUGCCUUGACAAAACAGAGGCCAUGAUGAAGGAGCUGAAGCCUCAGUUCGAAAAAUUUCUGAAGGGUGUUGAUCCAUUUGAAUAAAUGAGUUCACGGAAAGGCUUUCGAGUCCGGUUCACGCCAAGAUGCUGUUCUUGACCCAUCGAGGAGAAUGGAUUGUAAUCAUAAGUUGUCUCUCCCCCAAAAUGAAACUUAAGACAUAACAGAUAAAAGUUCUAAUCAGAGCGCAAUUCAUGUCCAUUGUUAAUUUAAUGCUGAGAGGAUAUUUUAACAUAAAGCAUUUCCUAGGAUAUAUUUCACAUCUUCAUACCGAUUUAAUUAAUGGUGGUUUAAAGAGGAAGUACUUGUUUUAAGCCCUUCUCUGCCCACCUGCAUUUUUUAAAAAGGGAGAAAAAAAGGGGUGAUGUAGGGAGGGCUGAAGGUGGCAGCCCCACCGUUGAACAACACGCCUCAGCUACCCAGUCUACCCAGCGCGAUUAGUUGACUAACACCAGCAUGUUGCUGUUUUACUCAGCUCAUAUUCUAUUGGUCUAAUGCACAUGGGUCUCGGCGUCUUUGAUGCCACACAUAUUAAAAGGUAUCCAGUGGAGUUUUUGACCCACUAGUGUCGCUAUAGAACACAGCAAGUGGUUUCUCAUACUCCUUGUAUCACGUGUUCUUCCAAGGACACAUGAGCAUGGGGGUGAUGUAUUACAUGUUUAUGCAGACAUAAAACAAAAGCAGACAUGUCAACCGGAGGAAGCAAAGAAGCUGCAAAGAAAUCCAAGACUGAUAAUAAUAUAUAAUUGGGAAAGCAAAAUAACGAUGUUUUAUACUUGUUUCACUUUCUUUCACACAAGGUGAUAUGCCAUUUCCGCCAAUGAAGAGAGUAAGAUUGCAAUCUGCUGUUAAUGGUGAAACUUUCAAAAAAUAUUCCUAAAAAAGGCUUUGGAAAUGUUUGAGUUGGAAAUAUUUUCAACAUGUUUGUUAGGCUUCAAGGACACAGUAUGUUUUGGUAAGAAACUGAAGGCAAACAAAAUGGCUCUUUACAAGGAAAACUCCUUUGGAUAGCUUAAAACAGGCAAUUUGAACAAGGUCCAUCUUGUCCUUCUCACUUGAAGCAAGAUAAAGCGUGACUUAUUUUCUCCAUGGGCGCUGCUGUGUCAUGCAGUUUGUUGUUUGUUAAAUCUAUCAGUUAGUUCUACCAUCCUAGGCCCAUACCAACACAUUUUCAGCUCAAAAAAACAGAGUUCACUACCUCUUUAAAAGUCAUGACUAGUUAACAAUGCUUCUUAGUUAAUUCCCCCUUCGCCUAUGCCAUUUCACCUACACUCCAUCAGAACAAAGUUUGAAAAAUGUUUGGUUAUCGAAUGAGUUUGUAAAAAUAAAUACAAAAGGUUGAAAAUUGUCAGGUGACUUGGGUCCAAGAUGGUGCAUUGAUAAAGUUGAAAUGCUUGUAAUUAAAAGGUUUACUCCGAGGGAAUUAAAAACCUAGUCCUUGUUCUUUCACCCUUUUUUAUUUAGAACAUCACAAAAUUGUUUUAAGCAUUGUAUCUG